CGGGAGGCGGUACCAACCCCUGCCGCAGGACUUUCUUGGGCCGGCUUGCGUAGAGCGUAGCUUUACCUUGAUGGCGGAAGGGCGUUGAAUGACGGUUGGGGCCCGCCAUCUGCUUAAAGGGGCUCGUUCAACACGGAAGUGUCCCGGGGCUGCAUUGUGCUGCAGCUAGAAUGAAGCACAUCAACCUGUCAUUUGCAGCGUGUGGAUUUCUGGGCAUUUACCACUUGGGGGCAGCAUCUGCACUUUGCAGACAUGGCAAAAAACUUCUGAAGGAUGUCAAAGCUUUCGCUGGGGCGUCUGCGGGAUCCUUGGUUGCUUCUGUUCUGCUAACAGCACCAGAAAAAAUAGAGGAAUGUAACCAGUUUACCUACAAGUUUGCCGAAGAAAUCAGAAGGCAGUCUUUUGGGGCAGUAACACCCGGUUAUGACAUCAUGGCCCAACUAAGAAGUGGAAUAGAGUCGAUUCUUCCUCCCAACGCUCACGAGCUGGCCCAGAACCGACUGCACGUGUCCAUCACCAACACCAGAACCAGAGAAAAUCACUUAGUCUCCACUUUUUCCUCCAGGGAGGACCUCAUUAAGGUCCUCCUAGCCAGCAGUUUUGUGCCCAUUUAUGCAGGACUGAAGCCAGUGGAAUACAAAGGGCAGAAGUGGGUGGACGGAGGCCUCACCAACGCUCUUCCCAUCCUGCCCGUCGGCCGGACUGUGACCAUCUCCCCCUUCAGUGGACGACUGGACAUCUCCCCGCAGGACAAAGGGCAGCUGGAUCUGUAUGUUAAUAUCGCCAAGCAGGAUAUCAUGGUAUUGUUGUCUCCAUCCUACAUAAGAUGGAACCACAGCUCAGAAAGGUAUGGUGAUCAACUUGAAGUCACAUGUCAGAGCUUGGUUUAGAACUCACAUUUGCCUAGUUUCGAUGCCCUUCUUCCUUCCAUUGUAUCUAACUCUCAGCAAAGCCAAGAUACAAACAUAAAUUAUGCAAUGUUACGGUGCUCAUUUUGCUUAUGUAAAAAUGAGAUCUUUUUAUUAUGCAAAGACAAGACACCAGAAACUCAUAUCCAUGAUAGAAAUGGCUAUUUAAUAUGAACAUUGUUUGUAUUCAUCUAAGAAAUGACAUUGUGAUGGGAAAAUGGAUUUAGUCAUGGUAUUUUGAUUCCAUCAUAAUAAUGCUUUAUGUUUUUAAAUGUGUUUGUAUUUGUGAUGGAUCGGGACUCAAGUAACCUGUGAGGAAGUUUAGACCAACAAUGGGCUUCAUAUAUGUUCCAAAUGGGUUUAUUUUCUAUCCACUUCUAAAUCCAUAUUGGAUAAGAAAAACACAAAUUCUAAAAAAUUAAACUCAAUUGGUUAGUUCUCCCAAUAUAAAGACCGUGAUAAAUGUAUUUGUACUUUUGUAGGAUUUACUUCUUCAUCUAGGUAAAUUAAUAAGACCAAAUCAAAAGAUGUACCAAAAAAUGGCACAAAGGAGAAGCCCAGUGAAAACACAGUUGGAAACACAAGAAGAGAAUGAAUUUAGCCACAAGUUGUCAAUUUCUACAGUUAGAAUCUGAUUAGUCAGUGAAAAUGAAAUGCCAAAUUAAAAAUAAUUAACACACUUUACAUGAACCGGGACAACAAAUUAACCACACCACACAUCACAUACAACUCAGAUUAAAUAUGUUGUGUCCGUAGACUGGGGAAAGAGUCUAAAAAAAAUACAACAAAGUAACAAAGUUUAUAAUAGUGUUAUCUCCAAACCACAAAAGGUUAACUCUAAGAAUUUUUAUUUUGAUAGUAAAGUCCACUAGAAAGGCACAUUAUUAGAUUCAAUUUUUAUGUCACAAUCUUUGAAGUUGUGUCUUAAGAUAUAAUAUAUUAUUCAAAAUUGUUUUCAAUAUAUUCAUUUCUCUUAUUGAAUAAGCAUAUUUGUCUACUGUAAGAAAUUGGAAAAUAAUUUGUUUAUAUAGAGAGUCAAUAGCGAGGCAAUAUUAGAUUCACACACAAUAAAAAAACCAAUAAAGCAAUUAUAGAACAUCAUCUUCAUGUUAAUUAUCUUUAAACAUUAUAGAUGACACAACAAUGUGAGUAUUGUAGCAGUAUCAUUACUGCACUGAAUAAAUUAAAAGUAGAAAUGUAUGUUAGCUAUCAUUUUAACAUUCAUACUUGCUGGUAAAUCCACCUGAAAGAUAUUCACCUUCAGCUUAAUUAUAUAUUUAUGUGGAUUCAAAAUUCUUAUGAGCGUUAAUGUGAACUUUGACACUUUAAUAAAUGAAAAAGUAGGAUGUUAGGAUGAGAUAUUGGAUGAUAUAUUCAAUUUAUUCCUAAAAUAUAUAAUACUGCUUGCUGUGACUCUUUCAACUGGAGUAAUUGGUUGCAAUUAAAAUAAUGAGAUAUUCCAAACAGUGAUAUAUGCAUUACAAAUGUAGAGUGAUAAGUAAUUUGUAAUUCCUAUAUCAUUUUUAUGCUGAUACAUUUCUUUCUAAUUAUAAUAAUCUUUUGAGCUAAUAGGAGUAUGUUUUGUCAUAUGGAUUAUAUUCUGGGAUAAUUACCUUUUUGUGAUAGCUAACUUGAAAAACUUUUGACUAUACCUAAAAUAUAGUAUAAGUAUGUAUUUUGGAAACAGAACUUUGGGAAACUGUUCAGAAGUAUCUACAAGCUGAAUACAUGCAUGCUCUAUGACCCAGUAUUUUCAUUCCUAGGUAAAUAUCCAACGUAAGUGGGUACUUGUGUUUAUCAAAGACAUGUGCAAGAAUGGUUAUAGUGUCAUUGUGUAGUAAUUUUAGCUAUAUACUUUUAAGCUUUGGCCAUCUGACCUGCUUGAGUGUGAAGGCAACAAUGAUGAUUUGAAAAUUGGAUAUGGGCACUUAAUGGCAGAAUUAAUAUUUAAUUAUCAUCUGUGAUUUAAAACAAGUUAGUUCAUAUCCUGAAUAAUAUGAUAGUUAAUACUAGUCCAACAUUUACUGACUGCUGUGUGGAAGAAUAAAUUGAUUGCUUCUGUGAAUAUUUACUCUCAGCACUUGAUGUGUAUUAACUCCUUUAAUACUGAAAUCAACUUCAUGAAAUACGCUCUUUUUAAAGGCCUAGAACAUAAAAUGUAAAAAGAUGACUUAUUCAAAGUCAAGUAAAUAGUAAGUAAUAAGUUGCAUGAAAAAAAUACAUCAGGUAAAUGUUAGGAAGACUGACUGGUAGAUGGCUUCGUUUUGUAGUAUCAGGGCUGGCUUUAUUUAUUUAUUUAUUUAUUUAUUUAUUUAUUUAUUUAUUUUUGAGUAGAUAUAUAAACUGCAAUCUAAAAGAUGAGAAGAACUCAGACAUGUGAAGAUACUGGGGAAUAUUAUUCCAGGCAGAGGGAGCAGCUUCUAAAACAGGCUGUAGGCCUGAGUGUUUAGCCUAAGUGUUUAGGCCUGAGUGUUAGCUUUGAGUGUUUAAGGAACGGAAACAUUCAGCUAACAGAACUGAAGCAAUCAUGAUUGAGAAGAGAGUGAGAGGCAAUGAGGUUGCAGAAGGGCAUAAGCCCUAGUCACAUAAGAACUUCUUGGCUAGGUAAGAGUUUCACUUCCAUUUUAAAGUAUGUUUGGAAGUGCCGGAGAGUUUUGAUCAAAGGAAUAAUAUUUUAUAACCCAAAGUAUGGCGGUUUUCAGCUAAUGGUGGCUGGAAGACCACUUAAGAAAUUCUUGCAAGAAUGAAGAUGCAAGAUGAUGACUGCAUGGAAUAAGGUGACCCUAGAAGAAAUGAAGAAAAUUGAACAGAUGUGGAAUAUAAUGUAAAACCAGAACUGACAAGAGUUAUUAAUACAGCCUGUUAAUGGAUGUAGGAUGAGGGAAAGACAGGAAUCACGUGUAUAUACCUGAGUGCACAUGCUGUUCACUGAGACACAGACACUGAAGAAAAGAGUUGGAGUUUGUGUGGGAUCUAGAACCAAUAGCUUUAUUUUGGAUGUGCUGAUUUUGAGUUGCAUUGUAGGCAUCCAAAUGUAGAUAUGAAUUAGGCAGUUAGAUUUAGGAUUUAGGAAUUUAGAGGAGAAGUCAGAGCAGGAGAUAAGAAUUUGGGGUCAUCCUGAUACAAACACUAUACACAACCAUGGGAAUAGAUAACAUUGUCUGCAGAGACAGAAGAGCUGGAGGAAAAACAGGUGUCAGGAAUGGGGCCUUGGGAGAGUUCAACAUUUGGAAGAGGAGAAGAUGACCAAGAAGAUAAGAAACAUUGACUAAGUGUAUGCUAUCUUUGGAGAUAAGAAAAUGUGUUUCCAACAGAAAUCGUUUAAUACGAGUAUUAAAACAAAAAUAACAGCUAAAUAAUU